GUCGUUUGACAACCUGUUUCUCGCCAACAGCUCACAGCUGUCAAGUUGACGACUGGUGUCGAAGAACAUUUUCUCAUUUUAUUCUGUUUAUAAAUAUAUAUACUCAAAAUGAGCGGCAGCGGUAAAGUCACUUUCAAGAUCACGUUGACGUCCGAUCCGAAGCUCCCUUUCAAAGUGCUGAGCGUUCCGGAAGCCACGCCUUUCACGGCCGUGCUCAAAUUCUCGGCCGAAGAAUUCAAAGUCGAUCCGGCCACGUCGGCCAUCAUCACCGACGACGGAAUUGGCAUCAAUCCACAACAAACUGCCGGUAAUGUCUUCCUCAAACACGGCUCGGAAUUGAGGCUGAUCCCUCGCGACCGCGUCGGUAAUCGCAUCUAAAAACUUAAACAAAAAAAAAAUUAAACUAAAAGAAAAAAUCUGAAAUAAAAGUUUAUCAAAUUGUU